CCUAAGCCGAAAUUUUUGUACAAGAAGGAAGGAAGUUGAAAAAUAAGUUAAAAAACAUCAGCAGCAGUCAUGGAGGCUGAACCACCCCCACCAUCGGAGGGAGUGCCUCCCAAAAAGGGAGGCAAGAAGAAGGGAAAGAAGAUGAAGAAAAGAGACUCGGAGGUGUCGCAGCUGGCUGAGGUGGUGGUCGACAAACCUUCUACCUCAGAGGGGGAUAAACCAUCUGUAGUGGAGGGGGAGGGAGGGAGCCCAGCCACGGCACAGCCAGAGGGGGACAGUCCAGUUGUGGUCUCAGGGGAGGGGAAGGCUACAGAAGAAGUAGGGGGUGGCGAUGCUGAGCCCCAGGGACAGGGGGAGAGUACAGAUCAACAGCCACAGGAACCUCCACAGCCACCAGGAGAUGGGGAGGGGGAUGUUGCUAUGGCAACCACAGCAAAGGAUGAUGGGACACAAGUGGUCAGCCCUGAGAAAGAAGAAGGAGAAGAAAAGAAACCUGAAGGUUCUGAGAGUGUGCGUGCUGACUCAAAGCUCGAGUGGUCAGGUGACCAGACCACCCUGAGGAAGGAAUUUGACGAAGCAAAUCAGCAACGAGAGGAGGACAAGGGAAAGGACACAGAGGCUGACGACAAACCAAAGGCCCCAGAGAUCAGUGUGUCCACCCAUGAGCCUUACGACUACGACUCACGAGACUUCAGCAACAUCGACCCCAAACAGUACGGACUGGAGUUUGAAUCCGAUGAUGAAACAUAUGCACCUCCCCAGUUUGACUCGACCCUGCCUGACAUCUACCAGCUGAUGGACACCCUGGAGGGGGGUGAGUCUGACCUGGAGGCCGACCAUGAACCCCCUUCUCUCUUCAGCCGGCCUGAACAUGCCAGGACUUACAGGAAAAUCACCGAGUUGAAGGUACAGAUGGAGGAGGAGCCCAUUCCUGCUUACAUUGAUGAGUUUGAGAGGGACGUGGAGGAUGACAUGCUGCAUAUCGCCAGCAUCUCAUUGGAGGAGGUCCAGGAAGAGGAGAAGCGUUUGCGAGAUGAGUACAUCGCGUACCAGAAGCAGGAGGCCGACCUGCAUAGGAGCAGGCAGGAGGACCUGGCUAAACAGGCAGAGGGGGCCAAGAAACGGGUCUCUACUGUCAACAAGGACAAGCUCAGGGAGCUCAGGAAGAAAGAGGCCAUGAUGCUGCAGAAGGAGCGGCUGCUGCAGGACAGGCUGCACAAGGCCUUCAGGCAGUCUGAGAACCAGCUUAUCUAUGCACUGGACAAGAGGAAGGGCGAAGUCAAGACCAUGUAUGGAGACCUGACAGUGGCAGAUGGGUUCUAUGGAGGGAGCAAAGGUCGUAGGUGGAAGGUCGACUGGAACAGAGCUCCUCAGCCAAUCCAGAUCAAGCUGCAGUGUAUGAGAGGGGUCAAGGACAAGCUACCAGUUGGGCGUUACGUGCUGCUGGUGUCCCUGUAUGACCGUCUGGGUGGUCAUGUGAUGCGCUGGUCCAACCUGAAGGGGCAGCAGUGGGGCGGGGCAACCUUACCUGUCAGCCAUGACGGACACUUCUGGAAUGCAGAACUCAAGUUUGACCAGAGUGUCUUCACUGUGCUGCCCCCGAAGCCAGACGUGCGGCCGGGCAUGAUCCUGACCUUUGAACUGUUCCUGCUACGCGGUGCCGUGGUGCCGACAGACCGCGUGGUCUGCUGGGGCAGUUUCCCCAUCUGUGAUGGACAGUUUGACGUCAUCGAGGGAAAGUACAAGUGUCCGUUCCUACGCGGUGACAUGGACCUCCGCAUCGACAAACACGAGAAGAUGGAGGAGCUCAUGGCCUCCGACCUCGACCACUGGCUCGGCAACCUCUACUUUGAGGUUAUCAAACUCCCCAGGUACCUAGCAGGACAGAAGGAGUAUGAAGUAGAGCUGCAGUUCUCUGCACAGCUCCUGUCUCACCCUGACCGGGUACAAGAUGCAGAGGAGAACAGGGACGGGGAGGAUCCGCUGCCUGGAUCACGGCUGGAUCUCAGCUCAAGAUCCAGCACUGGUGGCAGUCAUCGUGGGUCAAGGGUGAGCCUGAACUCCCAGAGCAUGCUGGGAAGCACGUCUGACCCGGGUGAGGGGACCAGUAAGAUGGUGUCUCUGCAGGCGGGACAGAAGGACAGGAUGGGCAGUGCCGCUGAUGUGGAUGAGGAUGAAAAGAAGGGCCUGGACCGUGUUGCUAUGCCGCGCCCGGCGACGGUGAUGGGGUCGCGUAAGGUCGUGGAGAAGGAGAUGAAACUGAAACACUCCGACAGCGAGGCCAGCAGCUCCGAGGACGAACACGACGGAGGCUUCCUGCAGGUCAAGGGUCAACCUGGCAUGUACUACAAGCGUCAUCUGAACAACCCGUCAGACGUGUACGCCCGUAAGCUGUACACCAUGCUGCCCAAGACUCCGCUGCUGUCCAAACGCCGCAAGAAGAAGCGGCUGACCCACCUGGAACAGCUCGCACAGCACACCUUUGCUGUCCAGAAGCCGUUCUCCACCAAAGGCACGUACCAGCGGCCGACCCACGAGCGAGCCCAGUACAUCACGCGGAUGUUCCUGGCAGAGAUGGGACUGUCACAGUGGCGCUCUAAGGAGUUCCUGGGGAUCCUGGUCAUGCUGUUCUUCACCUUCUUCCUCAGGAUCUUCCUGCACUACGGGGGACAGUGGCUCUUCCUCAUGUUGCUUCGGAUACCAGUCAACAAGUUUGAGUUCCUACCCUACACGGUGAACCUGAACUACCAGAGCUCGCUGCUGAGGACUCGCGAGGAGAUCGCGGUGAUUGUGCUCGGGCCCAUCUUCAACAUCGCCUGGUUCUCGCUCCUGGUGGCGCUGUCCUGGAUCAGCCAGCGAGCGCUAGGGUCGUUCCCCGCGCUGUUCUCUAAGUUCGUCAUGGCGACUGGAUUAAUGGCCUUCCUGGAUCCAAUACUCGUCCUGCUCGUGGACUGUGCCUUACAGCGCUGGCAGAACCUGGGAGGCAGCAUCCCGAUCGGAGAUGCGUUUAAGAUGUGGUGGCACUUUGACCGAGUGGAGGGGUCAGGAAUAGUCAGUGUGCCCAUGGUCAUGUUCCUCUAUAUCUUCACCAUGUUCCUGGCUGCCACCAUCCUCUACAUGUACUUCCUUAGGUUGCACAACAACGGGCGAAUGCUGGACAUCUACCACCGUCUGCAUGGUCAGGAGGAGGAGUUUUUUGUUCCUCAUGACCUGGAGCUGAGUAACCAGGAACUGAACCACGUGGUUGGGAAGGCGGAACAGUGGCGCGGGGAGGAGGGAGAACGCAGGAAGGUCGCAGUGUAUGACUACAUCUGGGAAGAGGAACAGGUGGAAGAUACCACUUGGGAGGAGGGAGAGCAUGAAGCGCAGAAAGCCGGCCGGCGUGAGAUCACCACACACCUGUCCAUCCACACACUGCACCUGGACGGCCUGAGGGAGCUCUACAGGCACUUCCUACGCCUGCCCGACGGAGCCAUUGUGGAGGUGUUUGGUGACAUGGGAGUAGUCGGGAUGGACAAAGACGUGAAGAAGGCUCUCGCCGAGCGCGCUCAGAGCAUCGAGAACCUCGGCUCCACGCUGAGUCUGAACAGCAUCGCGCGGCGGCGUAAGGUCACGACCUCAGGCGGGCUGACCUCCCGGGAGGGGUCGGCACAGUUCCUGUCCGUCCCGCGGGCCGGGUCACGUACCAGUCUGAAGGCAGGCAGCACUGAGUGCUGAGGGGUGCAACAGGAGGCAAAAUUAGCCUCCACCAGGCU